AUGGCUAACUCGUGGAUUCUCCCACAUGCCAAACACUAUUAUAGAAAAACGAAUCGUAAGGCAUAUUACGAAUUGAAUGUUGUAAGCCAUGGCGAGAGACUGAAAUUCGACAAUACUCCAAAAUAUCUUGGAGUCACACUGGAUCGAACCCUGACCUACAAACAGCAUCUGAUGGAAGUUUCCUCUAAAGUCUCCAAAAGGAACAGCCUACUGAAAACACUUGCCAGCAACAAAUGGGGUGCAGAUUUUUCAACGCUGAGAGUGUCUGCCCUAGCCCUAUGCUAUUCUGUUGCAGAAUAUUGCUCCCCUGUCUGGAGUCAAAGUUAUCACUGCAACAAGAUCGACACCUCACUGAACGAGUGUCUCAGACCUGUAAGUGGCUGCAUAAAAGCCACACCGACAGAACCUCUACCGAUACUGUGUGGAAUCGAACCUGCAGACAUAAGAAGAGACAGAAACAUUCUUGAACUCCACAAACGUACCUUUUCUGACGGUCAUAUGAUUGCCAACAUAAGAACACAACCAUUGUUGGACAACAGGUUAAAGAGUAGAAUACCGCUAUCAACCCGAAUGCACUCACUAGCCCUUGAAAACGAUUCGAGUUCUCCAAAAUCAUGGGCUGCAGCAACUUGGAAAACACGGUGGCGAGAAUCGAACUUUCGACUCAAACAAUUCAUACCAGAUCCGUCGGAUAAUCCUAAUGGUCACGACCUCAAGCGCCGACAUUGGGUGUUGCUAAAUCGUAUCCGCUCAGGCUACGGAAGAUAUGCUAACUUCAUGCAUAGAAUUGGAUUAGUUGAUAGCCAAAAUUGCGUCCGUGGUGAAAUUCAAACCCCACAACAUGUACUGACAUGCCAAAGAAUUGAUAUCCGAGGCAAUAUCGGAACUGUUGAUGAUGAUUUUCGUUCGUGGCUACGUGAUAAUACUAAUUUAGAUAUAUGA